GGGGAAUAUUUCUCGGGAGAAAAAUACAGACACAGAGAGAUAACCCAAGACUUCAUACUUAUCUUUCAAGCACGACAGACGGAUAAACAAGCCCCAGGAUGAGGAGCCUUCUUCAGUUUCUGGCACUCUGUGCCGCGGUCUCUUUCUGCGUUUGCUAUGACUCUCAUGAAAGCACAGAAUCCGUUGAAGAUCUGUUUGUGCCUCCAAACCAAGCCAACUCGUUCAUCACGCCACAGAGGGGUAACGUAUACAACCCAGCCAGAGGGAACGGCCACAACUAUUACAACUUCAUGAGGGUGGUAAAGUCACCGGCAGAGAGACGUGCGGAGACCUGUGAGGACCACUCUCCCUGCCGCUUCUACGCCUAUCGCCAUGGCUUCCAGCAGGCCUAUCAGAGGUACUUCGGCUCCCGAACUCAACCCCAGAUACCAGCUGCGACUCGUCGGUACUAACCAGAGAGUAUCUGUCUGUCAAAAAGCAGAAUCAUCAUUAUCGUCUGGGAAUGAAUGAGCGUUCCUUCAUCCCCCAUAUUGCAACUUUUCUAUAAUUUAUGUGGUUGUUUUUGUGGCCUCUGAAAUGGAUCCUAGAAGAAAACACAGUUUGUAAACAGAGAGGCAUCCAGCGUGGCUCACAACCCGUCAUUACGGGCAUGUAGAAAUUCAUGGCCCAUCUCUUGUGUAAUCCUCAGGAUAACUUUUAUCCACUAUUAUCACACCUUCACAGCAUUUAUGCGAUAUGCACGAUUGAAGUGUUUUGCUCACUAUCCACUAACCGUUUCUCACAUUAUCCGCCUAUUUAUCCAGGCCAACGCUGCUGUCAGUGAUUAUUUCCUUUGCUUUGAAAAAAUAAAUAAAAUCCUCUUUAUUGGGGUUUGUCUU